AUUUUCUCGAGCGUUAUAUCUCAACUCUCAAUCUCUCCCAGUCGAUUGAUUCUCUCUCAAUCUCUCAACCAGUCAACCGUUCACCAUCAAAACUCUUCGACUAAUCUCCGUUGUGAGGGAAGAAGAAGCCAUGAACCCUAAUAGUGUAUUGCCACCAAAGCCCAAGUUUAGAGCCUUGAGGGCUCAAGAGAUGUCCGAUGGGAAAGUUGAAUUUCGGACGGUGUACGUUCCUCGCCAUCGAUACGCGCCUCUGAAGAAAGCAUGGAUGGAAAUCUACACACCAAUCUACGAAGAGAUGAAGGUUGACAUACGAAUGAAUUUGAGGGCUCAAAAGGUGGAAUUGAAGACUAGAACAGACACACCCUACAUUACCAAUUUACAGAAAUGUGCAGAUUUCGUCCAAGCUUUCGUGCUGGGUUUCGAUGCCAUCGACGCCAUUGCUCUCUUGCGUUUGGAUGAGCUCUACGUUGAGUCUUUUGAGAUCAAGGAUGUUAGGAGACUCAGUGGACCGCAGCAGUUGUCUCGUGCGAUCGGUAGACUCGCCGGCAAAGGAGGUAAGAACAAGUUUGAGAUUGAGAAUCAUACCAAGACAAGGAUUGUCGUUGCUGAUCAAAAGAUUCACAUUUUGGGCUCAUUUGCUAAUAUUAAGAUUGCCAGAUCUUCACUUUGUCGCUCUAUUUUGGGCUCUCCUGCAGCCAAGAUAAGGGCUAAGUUGAGAGCUCUUACUGCUAGAUUGGCCGACAGGUUUUGAUUCUUACAAUUGUUUUUUUUAGUUUAUGAUUCAGGGUUAAAUAAGUAGGUGUUGCAAUCUAUGAAGAGAAGUAGAUGAGUAGUUGAGUAGGGAGUACUUGUAGCUAGAUUUACUUAAAAGUAAGAGCUAUUAAUUAGUUACCCAAUUAAAUUUUUAAUGUGCAAAAGUAUAAUUUUUUUUAGUCGUGGAAUAUUAAUUAAUAAUUGAAUCUUUAUGAAAAAUACUUAAUUUGCAGGGU